CGCGGCAAACAACUUUUUUAAAUGUUGUUCUGGCGAAAUUGAUCGUAGGGAGAAAAAAUAACUAAUAGAUUAGAAAAUAAAUAUGUAUCUGUUUUCUUUGAUUUUGAUUUUCAACGUAUUCAACGGCUCAACGUAUCUGUUUCCUAAUAACGUCGAUAAGAUUCCUAAUACUAACAUUUAGAUGUAGUCUUUCUCUCAACUGACGCAGAUUGUUAACGCGUUUUUGCGCAGCAUUGCGCAAAGGGACGGUCGUGAACAGGCGUUGUGAUACAACUUCCGGUUAGCAACCAGACCUGACGCUGUCGCCGGUAUCCAAGUCGGAGUUUCAUACUGUCGAAUUGACGUAGAUGUUUACUAACAUUACAUUUAGAUGCAUACGUUAUGUUUUAUAUAUCGGGUAUUUGGAUGAAUAUUGGAUGAGUCGAUAUUUAGCGCAAUAAUCAAAUGUGUUUAACCGCCUGGUAACCAGAAGAAGAGCCGCUGUGAAGCUUACUGAUAUUUACUGUAUAUCAUAUACUGAUACUGAAAAAUGAGCCAACAACUCAAAUUCGUGGUUGAACAACUCAACAAAGAACCCUUCAAGAAGAACUUUAAUCUGAUCAUGUUUGACUCACUUGAGCCAAUGCAACUACUGCAGAAUUUAAAUGAUGUUUUGGCCGAGAUUGACCCAAAGCAAGCCAUCGAUAUCCGAGAAGAGCAGCCAGAGCAGACCGCUAAGAGGAUGUUUUCAAUGCUGGGGAUGCUGAAGUACAAGCCGCUGGGGCCUCAGGCAGACGCGAGCAGCUUCAGACGUGGCCUGGUGACGGGCAGCAAGCCUGUCAUCCACCCUCUGCUCCAGUGGCUGCUGCAGAGGCUCCCUGAGCUGAGGAAACGGGCCUACCUCGCCCGCUACCUCGUGAAGCUGGAGGUCCCCUCCGAGUUCCUGCAGGAUGACGUCAUCAGUGACACCUUUCACCAGUACGAGGAGCUCGUGGAGACCUUCAAGACCUACCACAGGGAGUGUGAGCAGCUCAAGACCUCCGGCUUCUCCACCGCAGAGAUCAGAAAGGACAUUGGGGUGAUGGAGGAGGAAAAGGAUCAACUCAUCAAACGUGUAGAAAGGCUGAGGAAGAGAGUGGACACAGUGCCCAACCACCAGCGCAUGUUGGAUCUGGCCAGACAGCUGCGUGUGGAGAAGGAGAGAGAAGAGGCCCUCGCCCAUCAGAAGCAAGAACAGAAAAACCAACUGUUCCGGGCGGAGCAGCGUCUGCAGGUCAGUCUGCAGAAGCUGAAGGACCUCCGUCAGGCCUCCGUUGACGCAGACCCAGAGAGCCUGAUGAGGAGACUGGAGGAGGAGAUCAAGAUUAAUACGUACAUUGUGAUGGAGAAGCUGCCCAAGGAGCUGGAGAGCACGCGCCGCUCACUGCACUUCCUGCAGAAGGUGGCGUCGGAGCCGUCGCUGGGGCCGGCCGAGCUGCAGGAGAUGGAGGACAAGAUCAAGGAGGUCAGCGCUCAGAUCAACCAGCUGACGGAGAAGAGGAUGAUGAGGAGCGACCCCAUGGAUGACAAACUCACUCUGUUCAGGCAGCAGGCCUCCAUCAUCAGCCGGAAGAAGGAGGCGAGGGCGGAGGAGCUGCAGAGGGCCAGGGAGGAGCUGGCGGCGGCUGAGAGGGAGCUCACCCAGAGGAGCAGUCAGGCCCGCGGAGGGGACGGAGAGGAGGUGGUCCGGGGGGACGAGCUCAAGCGGUUGGUGGCCAAGCUGCGCGUUAAGGGUAGCACGCACAAGAAGAGGAGGGCGGAGCUGGCCGAGCUGAAGGCGGAGAACGGCGUGCUAGAACGCACCGAGGAGAUCCUCCACCAGAGGAACCAGGACGUCCUGCAGCAGCUGCAAUCCAUGGAGGAGCAGAAGGGCAUCUCUGGGUUCAGCGACACCCAGGAGGAGCUGGAGCGCGUCUCAGCUGCCAAGAGCGAGCUGGAUGACGUGAAGGGACGCACGCUAGACGACAUGUCUGAGAUGGUGAAGAAACUGAACUCGAUGAUAGCGGAAAAGAAGACGGCUCUGGCCCCGAUCAUCAAGGAGCUCAGGCCUCUGAGACAAGAGUGUCAGGCCUUGACCCAGGAGUACGAGGAGAAGAAGGCCCAGUACGACAGCUGUGCUGCUGGGCUGGAGAGCAACCGGUCCAAACUGGAACAGGAGGUGAAGGCGCUGAGAGAGGAGACCGCGCAGGAGGAAAACCGAUACCACGAGCUCAACUGCAUGAAGCAGAUGGCUGAGGUGCAGCUGCAGCGGGCCCUGGAGGAAACCAGAGCUUACGUGUCGUCAGACCCUCAGGAAAGGAAGAAGGCUGUCAGAGAGGUGUACAUGAAGAGCAUUGCUGAGCAGGACACUCUGGGCAAGAAGCUGCGCGAGAAGCAGAAGGCGGUCAGGGAGAGCCACGGCGCCAACAUGAAGCAGGUGAAGAUGUGGAGAGACCUGGAGCAGCUACUGGACUGCAAGAAGCAGUGCUUCCAGCGGGCACAGAUCCAGGCCUCCACGGGCCAGGUGGUGGAGGAGGGGGCGGAGGACUGGCUGGUGCUGUGACCAAGGGGCUGUCCCGCCGUAGGCCAACACCAUUAGUAAAUAUAUAGCGGAUAUGUUUGUGAUCCUUAAUUCAGUUAUCAAACAUCUAUUUCCUGAAGCAUGGAUCAUAAGUGGUUAGUGAUCCAGUAAAUAUGAUAAUAGGCCUCCGAUGCCCUGUGAUGUCUCUAGGAAGGUGUGUUGAGGAAGAUGUGUAGUGGAAGGUGUGUAGAGGAACGGGUGUAGUUGAACGUGUGUGAGGAAUGUGUUCCGGUAUAAGGGCUUUCACUCUUCUCUGUCCCACUGACAUGAUCCCAGCAUCGCAGCCUCCAUUUUCACACGUCUUUAAGAAUCCACUCCUCUCAAAGCGUCAUGAUAAGGACGUACAAAGUGGCCCCUGGGCGCGGCUCCACAUCGUUUGGAGCUAUUUUUAGCUCUGACCUUGGACCUGCUAUCUCAACAAUUGAGGAAUUCCAAGGGGAUUGCUGAUGAUGUUUCACACAGUGGUAUCUCAGAUACAUGCUCAUAUGGUGUACUGCUUCAAUUUCUUAUAUGUUGCCAGUAGUAGGUUGUCUAAAUUAGAACCUACUUGUGUUCAACUAAAAGGGUUCAGCUUUUAUCUCUGCCUUAUUUUUACGACUAGCGAGUGAUACAUCAGACGGUUGAGUUCUUCCAUAAGGGCUUGUUUUGUUGGUAACGACUGCCUCACGUUUCCUGGGGCAGAAGGACCAGUUUUUAGUGGAGGAAGAUAUCAAUCAGAAGGACCUCUACUGUUGUGGCGUUGUUAAAAAAUAACAAUUUAUGAAUAUCAAUAAAAAAGAAAAGAAUAGCAACUGUUAUGUGUGAUUUUAAACUGCGUAUAUACAGGUUCAUGAAUGUACCGAACCUAUGAUGUGAUGUAAGAUAAAAUAACUGGUACUCAUUUUCAAAACAACUAUUGUACAACAGUAC